CUCAUAGUAUGUUGGAUUUCAAUCUCAAUUGACCGCCGGCAUUUUCUUACCUUUCGUACCUUUCGUGGUUCACGUGGGGGGUCCACGGUCGAAGUUUCUUCCGUCUUUACGACGCCCUGAACAGCGGUUUCAUUGUCGACCAUGGACGGCUUACCAGCAGGGAAGCUUACCGGCGCUCAAAAAGAAGAAAUUAUGGACCAAGUAAAGCAGCAGAUAGCUGUAGCAAAUGCCCAGGAGUUACUACAGAAAAUGACAGAAAAAUGCUUCAAGAAGUGCGUCUCUAAACCGGGAUCCAGUUUGGACAACUCUGAACAGAAAUGCAUUUCCAUGUGCAUGGAUCGAUACAUGGACUCUUGGAACAUUGUGUCCAGGUCAUAUGGCAGUCGGAUCGCCAGGGAGCGGGGUCAGAUGUGAUGGAACAUUGGGGAGUUAGUCCGUCAACCGAGCCUUUGCCACACACAGCCCUCCCGAGACUUGGAAGCUGUUUAUUGUACAUAAAGCAUCGCAAGCUUCGUGUAGAUAUGCAUUAGUUCUGGCUCUGAAGCUGGUGUCGAGAAUAAAUUGGAUUGCCUGCUUUGGCACUUCACUGCGUG